UUCAUCAGUAGAUCACAAAAUGGAAAAUCGCAUUUAUUUUUUCCUAAUACUUUCUUUUGUUGGAAUCAAUCUUGUUAGGUCUAAUAAAGCCACAAGUGCAACAAUAGAUUCUGUUCAAAACUACAACAUUAAGACACUCAAGGCAGCUUUGCCAUUAGGUUGGAAAAAGUUCUGUGAAGCCGAUGUCGAUGAAGGGGUGAUGUCCUUUUUCCCUGGAAAUGAUCCAUCUGAUGCAAAAAUUCAUCUUUCCACACCAAACAAUCAGACCAUAACCCUGCCAAUUAAGUACGUCUCUAGGAUUGGCGAAUUCGGAAUCAACACCCGCUUGAAAACCAUCGUCUAUGUGAAUGCAUUUUUUGCUGAUCAUAUUUACCAUAUCCACGGGAACCUAAUUUACAUGCAAGAAGCCCGAAAAGACUACAACAUUAUCAUCGUGGAUUUCGCUCAAAAUAUUCUUCAGCUUUACAAUGCCAUCAAACAUAAUGUUUUUGUUCAUGGCUACUUCGUUUCCAAGCUCAUCUCGGCAUUGGUUCAGAAUGGUGUAAGGCAGUCAGACAUAACACUUGUCGGUCAUUCUGUAGGAGCUAAUAUUGCCGCCCUCGGAGGCCGCCUACACAGUGAAGAAAAAACUGGGAGAAGGCUUGCAGCUUUAAUUGCUAUCGAUCCGGCUUUGAUGUGUCAGAGGAAGGACGUGUACGUAAACGCUCAUGUUUGUGAAAAAGUCAUCGUUAUUCAUGGAGAAAAUGGCAUCUUUAGUGUGACAGAACCAUUAGGAACAGUUGAUAUUUAUCCCAAUGGCAAUAAUGUGAGAUACCAACCCGGCUGCAACACAAAGAUAUGCAACCAUGUUUUCCCAUUUUUCGUGUUUCUUGAUGCCGUCAUUGAACAGACCCCGAUAACAGCGGUAAAAUGUGAAUCUUGGGAGAGUUUUAGGCGUGGCAAGUGCGACUAUACUUCGUUGAUAUCGUUGGAUAAUUUUAAAUUCGGAAAUACGCCGCAUGGAAAAUACUAUUGCAUAACCAAAGAGACCCCACCUUUCGGCAUCGAUGUAGCCGUAGAAGGUUUGAAGUUACAAUUGCAUUAA